AUGGGUGGCUUACCUCCGUGCGGCGACCCUGUCCUGUCAGUAAAGGACCAUCGACGACAGGCAGUAACCUCGAAGAAAUGGCCAUCGAAACCUGAGAAUGAUUCCUCAAUCACUUUCUCACCAAACGAUGCCAUCGGCGUCCAUUUACCUCACAACGACCCACUGCUAGUCGAGGUAGGAAUAGCGAAGUGUGACGUCGCUAAAGUGUUGAUCGAUACAGGCAGUUCAGUCGACUUAAUCUUUCGAGAUACGCUCGAUAAGAUGGGAGUCGACCUGCGCGACAUGAAACCAUCAUCUCGCUCCCUCACAGGAUUCAACGGUGCUUCUGAGACAAUGAUUGGUACGAUCAAACUCCCCGUCUACGCUUACGGAGUUAUACGCACAGUUAAAUUCUCAGUCAUCCGAACGAAAGCUACUUACAACGCGAUCCUCGGAACCCCCUGGUUACAUUCUGUUAAGGCAGUAUCCUCGACAUAUCAUCAAUGCGUGAAAUUUCCUGGACCAAACGGAGAAGUGCAGACGCUUCGCGGAGAUCAACAAGCCGCUCGAGAACUACUCAUCGCAACGAAAGAUGAGAUUUUAGAAGUCACCAUCGACGACUCUGAUAAGAGCAAAGUAGUCCGAGUCGGAGCGUUCCUCAACGAUGAGAUGCAACGCGCAAUCAUCGAUUUCCUCAAGGAGAACGUCUCAACGUUUGCUUGGGAAACAUCGGAUAUGAAAGGAAUAAACCCCGCCAUCACGUCCCACGAGUUGAAUGUCGAUCCAACCAUCAAACCCAUUCGCCCAAAGAGACGAAAGCUCGGUCACGACCGAAGCAAAGCUGUCAACGAAGAAGUGGAGCGACUCCUCGCAGCUGGCUCAAUCACCGAGGUGAGAUACCCCGAGUGGCUAGCUAACCCGGUCGUCGUAAAGAAGAAGAACGGAAAGUGGCGCAUUUGCGUCGAUUUUACCGAUUUGAACAGAGCUUGCCCAAAAGACAGUUAUCCGCUUCCGCAUAUCGACAGACUCGUCGAGUCGACUGCCGGGAAUGAACUCCUGACUUUCAUGGACGCAUUUUCUGGUUAUAAUCAGAUCAUGAUGCAUCCAGACGAUCAAGAGAAGACAGCGUUCAUCACCGAUAGAGGGACGUACUGUUACAAAGUAAUGCCGUUCGGUCUCAAAAACGCGGGUGCAACUUAUCAAAGACUCGUCAAUCGAAUGUUCGCCGACAAAUUAGGGAACACGAUGGAAGUCUACAUCGACGACAUGCUGGUAAAAUCACUCCGCGCAACGGACCAUCUGGAUCAUCUUAAAGAAUGCUUCAAGACUUUGAACGAAUACGGUAUGAAACUCAACCCAGCCAAGUGUACCUUCGGCGUCACUUCAGGAGAGUUUUUAGGGUACAUCGUCACCAGGCGAGGAAUUGAGGCAAAUCCUAGGCAGAUCUCUGCCAUACUUGAUCUUCCCAGCCCAAAAACCAGCAGAGAAGUCCAGCGACUCACAGGAAGGAUCGCGGCCCUGAAUCGUUUCAUUUCCAGAUCUACGGACAAAUGCCUUCCUUUCUACGAGUUGUUGCGAGGAAACAAACGCUUCAUCUGGGACGAGAAAUGCGAAGAGGCGUUCAAACAACUCAAGGAGUAUCUUACAACUCCUCCCGUAUUGUCCAAGCCCGAAACUGGCGACACACUCUCACUCUAUAUCGCCGUAUCCUCAACCGCGGUCAACAGCCUCCUCAUCCGAGAGGAUCGAGGAGAACAGAAGCCUAUCUUCUACACGAGCAAGCGCAUGACUGAUCCAGAGACUCGAUAUCCCACCCUUGAGAAGAUGGCUCUUGUCGUUGUAACAUCGUCGCAGAAUACAAAUCAAUCCGGACGGUUAUCGAAGUGGGCUAUCGAACUCAGCGAGCACGACAUUGUCUUCAAGAAUCGAACAGCUGCAAAAUAUCAAGUCCUCGCAGACUUUCUCAUUGAACUCGCACCAGAGCUCGAGCAAGAUCUAAUCCUCCCGAGUCAAAAUUGGAUACUCCACGUCGACGGGUCGUCGACAAACAAAGGAUCAGGAGCAGGAGUACAGCUGCAAUCCCCGACAGGAGAACUGAUCAGACAGUCGUUCAGCUUCGGCUUCGCCGCUUCAAACAACGAAGCAGAGUAUGAGUCGUUGAUCGCAGGACUCCGACUCGCCAAGGCAGUCAAGGCAAAACGCCUCAGCGCAUACUGCGAUUCGCAACUCGUAACUAGAAGCAGGUUGCGCGAUCAGGUGAAACGUACCAUCCCUAUCCACAAGAUCGACAAGCCAAGCAUCGAUCUGACUCCCAUCGAGACCGCCAUCGUAGCACCGAUAACCGAAGCCGUACCCACGAACCAAGUCCUCGAAGAGGUGUCAAACGACACCAAUGAUUGGAGAACAGAAUUUAUCGACUAUUUGGUCGAUGGAAAGCUACCUCCCGAGAAAUGGAUUGCAAGGCGACUCAAGACGCGGAGUGCUCAUUAUGUCGUCCUCGACGGAGAGCUCCACCGAUGGACCGCAACCAAGGUACUUCUGAAGUGCAUCAAUGGCGAGGAGACGCAUUUAGUCAUGGCUGAAACGCACGAAGGCGCUGCAGGAAAUCAUUCUGGAGGUCGAGCACUUGCUUUAAAAGUAAAGAGUCUCGGUUUCUACUGGCCAACGAUGAACGCAGACUGCGAAGCUUACGCCCAGCGAUGUGACCAGUGCCAGCGACACGCCUCGACGAUCCACUCCCCGAUACAGUUGCUGCGAACAAUGACAGCUCCUUACCCUUUCAUGCGAUGGGGAAUGGACAUAAUCGGCCCGAUGCCGAGCUCUCGACAGAAACGCUUCGUCCUAGUCUUGACAGAUUACUUCACGAAGUGGAUUGAGGCAGAAGCUUUCGCGAGCAUUACAGAGAAGGAAGUCCAACGAUUUGUGUGGAAGAACAUCAUCUGUCGCCAUGGCCUACCUUACGAGAUAGUGACUGACAACGGCUCUCAAUUCAUAUCAAAUAAAUUUCGAGAGUUCUGCGAGAGAUGGAGAAUCCGAUUCAACACGUCAAGAUGUUGGGCAGACGAGCUCGACGGUGUCCUCUGGUCACAUAGAACGACUCCUCGAGGAGCAACGAAAUCAACUCCUUUCUCGAUGGCACACGGAGUCGAAGCCAUGGCUCCCGCCGAAGUCAACGUAACCAGUCUUCGAAGGUCGAGGAUGCCACCAAACGUCGAGCUCAACAGCAGUAUGCUCUUCGAUGCCUUGGACGCUAUAGAAGAACGCCGCGACCAAGCACUACUCCGCAUCCAGAACUAUCAGCAUCAGAUCGAAGGUUACUACAACAAGAAGGUCAAGUCUCGACCUCUCUAA